AUGCGUGCGGCAAGUGGCGUCAGGCGUAAUCGUCACGUUGCGCACGAGAUCUCAGAGAAACGACAGCUGGCCGGGCAGGCCAGGCGCAUGGUGAUUUGCGUCGGAAAAUGCAACGGCGAGGAGAGACGGCGUGACGACUGCCCGAAGAAAGCGGGGGUCUACCGUCGUCCCGCCCGGGUGCGGCCGGUGUGGCUGCAGGAGGGUGUGUCGUCGGCGUUUUCGGCAGGAGCGGCACAGUGUGGGACGGUCCACCGAAAAGUUCGGGAAAAACCGCCUACGACUAGAUUGUCUAUCGCUAGGGUCACUGCUGCACCUGCACCACGAUCGGCGAAAUUUUCGGAGCAACAAGCAGCAGCCGACACUGUACUUCAGGCAGCAUAG